AUGUCAAAAAUCAAAAAUUGGUUGGGAUUGCAUUACUGGCAUGGCCUUUGUAAACAAAAAUAUUCAUGGGACCCUCUUCCUCCUCUGGCCGCGUCGCAUGGUGUAUACAACAUCAUCAUUAUAUCAAGACGAAUAAGUCUCAGUGCCAGCACUCAUCCUUUGAUCCCAAUGUUUAAUCAUUCAUAUUAUUUUAUACCUCAAGCUGAGUAG